GCGCGUGACGUCAGUCCCGGAAGCGCAGCGUCCGCGGGCGCCAGGCGAAGAGAGCCCCCGGGGACAUGUGAUGGAAAGGCACUUCCAGAUCACGGACUUCCCUCCAGAGCCGUUCCCUGAGGAGGCAGCGAUCGGCCGCAGCAGGUGUGUCGGAGAGACUGAACCCGAUGUGUCCAAGGAUGGGGUCUCCCAGGCUCGGAGGGUGUCUCUACCCGAGGUAGAGGCCACGUCAUUCCGGACACGGACCCGAUCGGAACCAGCCAACUUCACGUAUGCCCUGCAGUACGGACGGGAGCUGCGGAGGAUGAGUGACGAGUUUGUCUCCACCUUCACAGAGAGGAAGGAACUGCGGAUCUCGAAGAGUGCUGGUGCGAUCGUGAGCCACGUCUACCGGAAGGUGACAACCUAUCUCCCUCGGAGCCGGAAGGCCAGUGGCGAUUCCUGAUGGACUAUUUAAAUUUGCCUAUCUUUUUUAUUGUUCCUCCCGCAAACACCCCACACCCCAGCAAGAUUGGCCCGGUGUCUGCCCAACCUCUGGGCUUGGUUCCUUCCCACAGUGAGGGGUGGGAUCCAUGCCAUCCCCGGCACGUCUCGCUGACAGGUCACAGAGGGCCGGAAUAUUAGGGGAUGUUCAAUCCACGCCCACAGUGGACUGGGCAGACGAUGGGUGCAGCUUCGCCGGGGUGUUUCCCUUCCUGUCUACUUCAUUGGCGAAAUGUGUCUGUUCGCAUUGCCUUGUUCCUGUCCUUAAACAUCCCCUGAACUGUGAGCUCACUGGGGAAUUCCAGAGGGCGAUUAUAACUCGGCAAGGUGGUUAGGGGUCAGGAAUUGCCUAUGCACCCAGGCUAGGGUAUGACAACAGGGUCCAUUCACCAAAGGACCUUAAUAAGAAUCUUUCAGUCCUUGUAUGAUCCCAGUGAAUUUUUGCCUUCUCCAGUAACGCUUUUUCUAUUGUGCACAGUGACUCCCGGUGUGGGAUACAGAGACCAGGAACUGUGCACAGUGACUCCUGGUGUGGGAUACAGAGGCAGGAACUGUGCACAGUGACUCCCAGUGUGAGAUACGGAGACCAGGAACUGUGCACAGUGACUCCCAGUGUGGGAUAUAGAGGCAGGAACUGUGCACAGUGACUCCCGGUGUGGGAUACGGAGACUGGGAACUGUGUACAGUGACUCCCAGUGUGGGAUACGGAGACUGGGAACUGUGCACAGUGACUCCAGUGUGGGAUACGGAGACCGGGAACCGUGUAAAGUGACUCUGGGUGUGGGAUAUGGAGACCGGGAACCGUGUAGUGACUCUGGGUGUGGGAUACGGAGACCGGGAACCGUGUAAAGUGACUCUGGGUGUGGGAUACGGAGACCAGGAACCGUGUAGUGACUCUGGGUGUGGGAUAUGGAGACCGGGAACUGUGCAUCAUAACUGUAGAAGCAUUUUAAUAACAUUUUUUUGAAUGCCCCGUUUCUCUGCAUAGCUCCGGCUUUUGCUGUGCAACAGUGGUUUUAUAACAUGGUUGUUGAACUUCAGCGUGCUGAGCUGGCUUCCUACCCAUAAGUGUGCCUCAACCCUUUACACCUGAUAUCUGUUGGGCAGUGGCCACAGCGGUUAGUCCUCUCCCACAGUCAGUCCAAACACACACCGGUGGGUCAAGUUGAAGAACUGUUGCCUCUGCCCGUCAAGGAGGGUGGGGAGUGGCGAUGUAGUGGCCUCGGGUGACUUAGGGGUUGGGGGAUUGCAGGAACAUUUGAUGCGUUACAGUUUCAAUCCAGCCUUAAUGGGGUUUCUAAAAGCCAAUUGCUCCAAAAUUUGGAUAUAGCACAGGGAAUCCUGUCCACUGAAGCCAAGACGUUACCAACUCGGGAGAAGGGAGGGACAUUGGGUGUCACAACUAUAACCUACUGAUUAUUGUACAAAGGACAUAGCUCGGUUUGCUUUUUAAUGAAAUGUUUGUACGACAAAAGAACCGGGAGCUGAUGCACUCUCUCCCCCAAACCAAGAUUUUUAAUUGAUGGAUUGUUGUGAUUAAGCAAUGUAUUGUUUAAAAUUCAAUAAACCGUUUUAAUCUACA